UGCGCACUUGUGGUUCAUACACGUUCAUUUGUUUUAUUCCACUGAAAAUUUGAUAGCUGGCAAAAUAGACUUUCCGCUGCCUUCGCGCUGUGUACUGAUUACAUUGUGUGAUCUUUGAUGUGUGGUUGCUGCAGUGAAACAGGAAGAGCCAGUAGAUUUUGAUAACGUCAAAAGAUAGUGCGUCAAGGAGAGAGAGACAGAAAAAAAAUGUGUGCCAUAUCUAGUUGGUGAAACUUGUGGUCUUCUUUUUCUCCUAUAUGUUCCGUUUGAUUUCGUGAUUUUUUCUGGCCCAGGAGUAUAAUUUCAGCAGAAAGUUAUUAUACCUCAGUUCAAUAUUACACUAUUAUGGAACGAAGAACAUUUCGGUUUUUUACAAAGAGAUCGGAACACUACAACAAUUUGCAGAAGCAGGAAGAGGAGGAGAAAUUGAAUGGCAUUGUGAACAACAACAAUCAGAGCUCACCAAUAAAGGACAUUCCGCAGAGUGUGGACGCUGGGCAGAAGUCCGUGAACGGCAAAGGAGCUGAGGACGUCGAGGAGGCGCCGAAGAGUGGAGUUGCAGAGGAGAGUGGAGCAUCUGGUGGCGGUGGUGAGAGGAGCAGUGCUGAGCAGAAGCAGACGCCAACGAAGGAGGUUCAGCCACCGAGUCAGGAGGGGAGUGAGGUGAAGAAGGUGCGACAGAAGCAGCCCAAGUCAGAACACACUCCAUCGUCGCAGCACUCGAAGACAGCGUUGGCCAAUGGGAAGCGACAUGGCAGUCCAUCAGGAUCUGGCGGCAGUACUUUUAUGCGAAUAGCUCCUGCCCCUGCAUCAACGCCAACACACUCCACGAGUGGACAGCACACGCCAUUGCAGAGCACAGCGGGAAAGAGUGUCCCGAGUCAAGUGAAUAGUGAGAGACCGCUGAAGUGUUUGGAGACUCUCGCCCAGAAGGCGGGAAUCACGUUCGACGAGAAGUACGAAGUGGCGAAUACACUCAUUAAGCUGGAGAAGUCUCAGAGUCCGGCGCAGCAGCCGGUGGCUGCGCAACAGCCGCAGCCAGUGCCGCUGGCCCUGUCUCAGGAGCAAUUCCAGCAGCUUCAUCAGCAACUCCAGUUGCACUCUGCAUUCGCAGGCAAUGCGAUUCAGGUGAAACAGGAGUUUCCCCAUCAGGCCACAGCUCAGCCGACAAUGCAAAUGUCGACGGAGAUCAAGCAGCAAAUUGUGGAUGUGGCCAAUCAGCAGCACCAGCAGCAGGCUCAAGUGCAGCAAAUGCAAGUGAUCGACAGCGCCCAGGCGACCCACCAGCAAAACCCACCGAGCAGUGGAGCUGCCAAUGCGAUGGGGCCACCGCAAACGUCCACGACCAUCAGCACGAUGUCACCUCUGCACGCGAUGCCGGCCAAUCAGGUGCCCGCCGAGUGGCAGCACGGACGCGUCCAGGUGCUGCAGCAACCCAUCCAGAAUCCGGCGUAUCUGCAGCAACUGUACAGUCCGCAAGUGCUGAUGCCCGGCAAUAUCUUGCAUUCAGGCCUGGGACAACAGCAGAUCCAGGUGAUUGCGGCAGGGAAGCCCUUCCAGAGCGCCCCACAAAUGCUGGCCACCACAGCGCAGGGAAAGCCGGUGAUUGGAAGCAGUGCUGGGGGAUUCAGUGGCACAUACGCCUUGCCGACGAUUCCCUCGAGUCAGGCACAGGCUCUUCUCUUCAGUCCCGUGAGCGUGUUGAGUUCUCAGCCGCAGCAACAGCAGCAGAAUCUGCUGUCCACGAUGCAGGCACCUCAGGCGGGAAAGCCGCUCAGCGAGCAGGAUAUGCAGAAGGCCUUGGCUGGCCAGAAGGUGUUGCAGAAGGUGGCGGCGUCUUCGGCAGCUGUGCAGAAUAUUGUUGCAUCGGCCGCAACGCCUGCACCACAGGGAGCGACGACUGCUGGUGCGGCUCCUGGCCAGCAGUGUGUUCAAGUGUCGCAGGCCAUGCCUACGCAGAUCAUCUCACCGCUGCAGCAGCCGAGUACGCAGCAGAUGCAAUUCGCUCCCUGGCUGGCGCAGGGCGUUCAGCAGUUCUGGACGACGAAUGGGCUUCAAUCGCAAGCAUUGCUGACGCAAAAUCCCAUCAUCUUCCGCGGUGCUGCUCAGCCAGAUGGGUCACAGAGCAUGUUCGCUGUGCAGCCGAAUCCCCAGGCGGCGGCACCGCAGGUGAUCCAGGCACAGCCCCAGAAUCCCACGAUAACACUACCAUGCAAUAUGCAGCCGAGUGUGGUGAAUAAGCAGCCGCAGCGCGUCGCCACGGAGACGAUAGCGCCUAAACAGCCAGCGCGGGCGGCUCCUAUUCUACCUCAGGGCGGCGGUGGUGGCGGUGGCGCGCAGCAGAUUCGGCCAGCAUCGUCGGUGUCCACCCAGACGCAGCAGAACCAGGUGGUGCUGAAGCCGGGUAAAUUGCGCGCCAAGCCGCACACCGUGCGCCCCAGUGCUCCGGGGACAAUUAAGGGGGACGCUAUGAUUCAGGCGAAGAUCGUGGGUGGCCAAGUGACGCACUCCGUGGCGCAGUCGAUGCCACAGCAGACGAUGCAUCAGGUGAUGACGUCGGCGGGUAGCAAAAUGGUCGUCAUGAGCACCAAUCCGGGCACACCAAUCAACAUUGGGGCCACACAGUUGGCGCAGAUGACCACGGCCCAGCCGGCGCAGCAAAUCCAAAUCGCCACGGACAAACAGUCCAUGCAGAUGCAACAGCAAGUGCACCAGCAAAAGCCGCCGAUUCAGGCGCAGCGGACGGCGUCACAAGUGUUCCAGCCACAGGUGGUGCAGCACAUCCAGCAACUCCAGCAGCAGAUGCACCCACAACCCACCGCGAUCUCGCAGCAGGCAUUCCUGCAGACGCAGCAGCAGCAGCAACAGGCCGUGCAGAAUCAACUGCUGCAGCAACAGCAGCAACAGAUCGUGAUUCAGCAGCAGGGUGGAGCGCAACCCCCACAAGUGCUCACAGUGACUGCGGCUGGUCAGCAGCCGGCCACAAUCCAGCCGAAGCCGUCGACGAUGGUCAUCGGGACGUCACAGCACCAGAUUGUGGCGGAUCGUGGUGCUGUGAGCACCGUGGCGGCCAUCACCAGUACCUCCAAUCCCGUCCAGGUGGUCCCCAGUUCGGCCAUCCUCAAUCAAGUCAACACGCAAUUGGGAACGUUGGCGGCUUCGGCAAAUCUCAUUGGACCGCUGACCUCUCCUCAGGCGCCACUGCAGCCUCCACCGAAUCCCCUCGUGGCCAUGACGACUCUCUCAGCAGCUCCUCUGUCGGCAAUUGCCGUGGGGAAUCCGCCAGUCAGUAAGGACAUUGCUGUGACCACUUCGGAAGCGCCCAAGACAGCGGAUGCGAGCAGCGGAGGAAACAAACAGACUGAAACUCCCGCCACGGUGACAACGAGUGCAACAGGAGCCACCGGGGUGUCGGAAACAUCGGCAUCCGUCACGAUUUCCACAGUUACCGUGACGAGCACGGGCGCUACUCAUACUCAGGAGACACUCUCCAAUGGGAAACCUUCUGCCACAGCUGAAUCGCCGAAGAAGGCGGCAAAAGUUGACGCUGCCUCUGGACCGACGAAACCCGGCGACAGUCCGAUGAAGGAUGUGGCCAAGACGAAUGGCACAAUGGCGACUGUGGAGGCGGCGGAGGCGAAUGGCGAGACGAAGUCAGAGAAGGCAGUCCUCAAGGCGACCGUGAAGCCCCAAGUGCUGACGCAUGUGAUAGAGGGCUUUGUGAUUCAGGAGGCGAACGAGCCAUUCGCGGUCACGCGGCAGCGCUAUCCUGAGCGCGAUGCCACAGAAGAGCCGCCAAAGAAGAAGGAGAAGGGCAGUCCGCCAAUGUCUCCGCUCAGCUCGGCUGAGAUGGCGUGCGAGUAUUGUGGCAAGACAGAGCUGAAGUCGAAGAUGAAGAAGAAGCGCUUCUGCUCGAUGUCGUGUGCCAAGGCGUCCAAGGAUGCCGGAGCGAAUCCUCAGGCUGUCGAGAGUGCGAAGGGCGCGAGCAGUGGCGUUCCGGUGAAUGGAACUGAUGCCAUGGAGGUACAGGAGGACGGAACGGGUGAUCAGGCUGAGGAGGUGCCCGUGAUGGUGCGCUGGACGGUGCAGGAAGUGUGCGAUUUCAUAAAGAAUCUGCCUGGAUGCAGUGAAUUGGCGGAGGACUUUGCACACCAGGAGAUUGAUGGGCAGGCUCUGUUGCUGCUCAAGGAGAAUCAUCUGGUGAAUGCAAUGGGAAUCAAGCUGGGACCGGCGCUGAAGAUUGUCGCCAAGGUUGAGGCACUGCGUCUGGGCACGGCGAAUGGAGAGAAGGAGGGACAGACUCAAUAGAGAAACAGAGUAUAGAAGGGUUGAAUUUUACCGAUUUUACUGUGUAAAUGUUUUUGACGUGCAAAAACCUUCCUGAAGUCACCUGUAAAAUUUUCUGUAGAGGUGAAAAAGAAUUUGUAUUUAUACCUAAUGUGAAAAUAUGAUUUUAUUUGUAUACUGUCGACUUUUCUGCUGCAAUGAUCUUAUAAAUGUAUAAAAAAAAGGAAUAAGGCAUGAAACCACUUCUUGGGUGGUUUACGUUUGUAUUAUAAUUAUGAAAUUUCGUGGUAUAAUAGGACGUCUUUAAGUCUACAAUAAGGUCGUGUUGGAGAGCCAUUAAAGAGGCAAAGUUGAUUUUCUCCACACUUGCGACACUUUUAUAAAUUGCAAAAGAAAAAAAACAACUGGAUCUUAUACUAUCUUGUUAGAGAGAUAAAAUAUACUCGAGUGUAAAAAUUGCAUUGUUCAAUUAGUCUCUCUCGUCACAAUGUACAGUUCUUUCAAUGGGGAGAGAGAGAGAGAGAGAAAAACACUUUUUUUUAUAUUAUUAAUUAGUUUUCUAUGUACUGUACAUAUACAUGGCAACAUAGGUUAUGCAUAUGCUAAGGAAAAAAUAACGUGAAGUUGUGAAUAAAGCAUACUUUUGU